AGCUUAGGCGUGUUCGCAUUAAAGAGCAGAUACAAUCCCUUGAGCCAAUGGAGGUGAUCUUUCCUUUGCGCAAUAUUCACGCUUACUGCUAUUGGUAUGCCGCUUCGGUGGAUGUGUAUCACGCUUCACCGAGAGAGAUGGCUAUUUUUAGACCUUUCCACGAACAUAUCCAGAUAUGGCAGCCUCUACUCCGCAGGAACACCCAACUUCCAAUGACAAUGGAGUUUUUUCUACAAUACCGAGCUGACCUUCCAAAUGCGACAGCAGGCGACCGGAAUAGUAGCAAUACUCGCAGCUUGGAUGCUAGAGGAAAAGCAAGGCAAUUGUUCUGCGGCAGAAUGUCGACGAGCUUCUAUAUGUUCUGCGUAGGCCACAACCAACAAUUGGUACAACCACGAAAAUAUCUACGUCGCAUUCUCUGAGACCCAGACAUUAUAGGCUAAAAGACACCCUGGAUAACUCAAAGUACUGCCAUCUCCAGUAUGAGUGCACCGACCUCUUUCUUCCGGGUUAAUGGCGUGGACAUUACACACCUCUUCAUCGCGUUCGGUGCCGUGGCGAUCUGGUCUACUUUGACUCUUACCAUUCGUCUUCUCACCACCAUGAAGAAGCGUUCUGGAAUCUACUUUUAUUCUAUCUUGAUCGCUACUUGGGGUCUGACCAUACGUCAAGUCGGCAACUACAUCCAAUUCUAUGCACCGAGGUGUCCGUGGCAGGUCGGCUUCACGAUGCAACAGCUUGGAUGGGUUGGUAUGAUUAGUGGGUUUUCGAUGGUACUCUACAGUCGACUCACCAUAAUCUUGGAAAGCCAUAGAGCACGACGAGUUGUGCUUGGUAUGAUCAUCUUCAAUGGUUGUGUGUGGCACACAGUCAUGAUCACAGUGCUAUCAGGCAUGAGGACGACGCAAUAUGCGGGACGUCCAGCUGACACACGCGCAUGGAAGCAUGUUCACGACCGCGUCGAGAAGGUCCAAGUCGUGACCUUUGCUGUCCAGGACAUCAUUCUUUCCUGUCUCUACCUACGCGCAGCAUACCAAUACCUCCAGGGCCGGUUCACACAGUCAAGCAAGACACGGAGCGUUAUGUGUCUUCUUUUACUCGUUCAGUUCGUCGCCAUCGCCUUCGAUGUCGCCAUCGUCUUCAUGGACUUUGCAGGUUAUCUGCAGCUCAAAUUUAUCGUCUUCAGCUUUGCUUAUGCUGUAAAAUUAGAGCUGGAGUUUGUGGCACUCAACCAACUGGUGGAGCUAAGUAAGAUGGGGCUGCCAGGAAUAGCUUCCAUGAGUUUGAGGGCUUUCAAGACGGACGAGAACGAGGUCAUGGUGAACAAGAUGCCGAGCACCGCGAUUCGUACAUUUUCAGUGGCGAAGAUGGGACCAGGCGAAACUUCGUCGGAUACGCCACCUUGCGCGCCGCAAAGCUCGAGCGAUACCUUGGAUUUCAUAACGACACCAGGGCAACUGGAUGCAUGAAAAUUGCAAAUAAACGUGCAUAGACGUUAACACUCGAAACAAACCGCAUUGUUCUAGCGGUUUUCUCGGUCGACCUAGUCCUGGCUUCGCCAAUCGGAUGUAACCUUGCUGUCGAGACGCUAUCUAGUGGCGCAGUUACGGGUAUAAUCAGGGUGCGGUAGCUGCCCUGGUGAUCUUUGUCAGUGCUGUGUCCGGGUGUGGCGUUGCGAACAAGCGUCAGGCAUACAA